AUGCAUGAAGUCAUUACCCUUCAGUUGGGACAAAAGAGCAAUUAUCUUGCUACCCAUUUCUGGAAUACUCAGGAAUCAUACUUUACAUAUUCGGCAGAUCAAGAAUCUCCUAUUGAUCACGAUGUUCAUUUUAGACCUGGCAUUGGAGCCGAUGGCACUGAAACCUUUACUCCAAGAACUUUGAUUUAUGAUUUGAAAGGAGGAUUUGGUUCUUUGAGAAAGAUUAAUGCUUUGUAUCAAAUAGAUGAACCGGUUAUUACUGAUGGAUUAUGGAAUGGUCCAGCUGUAGUUCAACGGCAAACGGCCAUCCAACAGAGUCCAUAUCAACAAAGUUUGGAAGAAGGCCUCGAACCGUCAAAGCUCACCUCAGAAUCGGUGCGAUAUUGGUCAGACUUCAAUCGUGUUUAUUAUCAUCCGAGGUCAAUAGUUCAACUCAAUGAGUAUGAAUUGAAUUCAUCCUUGAUGCCAUUCGAAAAUUGGGAUGCUGGUGAAGAAUUAUUCAGUUCCUUAGAUAAAGAGCAUGAUUUGUUGGAUCGUGAUCUUCGACCUUUUGCCGAGGAAGCUGAUCAUAUGCAAGGCAUACAGAUAAUGGGAGGCAUUGACGAUGCUUGGGGUGGUUUUGCUGCUCGAUAUAUGGAUCGCUUGAGAGAUGAAUAUGGUAAGACCACGGUAUGGUUCUGGGGUUUGGAGGAUAACAUUAAGGGAAUACCCAGAGAAAAACGUUUCUUGAAGUUGUCAAACACGGCGAAGUCAAUAUCGGAAAUCAUUCCACAAACGUCCCUUUUCAUUCCAAUUACCCUACCAUCGACACGUUUGCCAGGCUACCUCAAAUUGGACGCGAGUUCUCCAUGGGAAGUUUCUGGCUUGUUGUCUUCCGCGAUGGAAAGCAUGACACUGCCUUCGAGAUUAAAGCCUCAAAAUGGUACAAGGCAGACUUUGGACCAAUUGGCAAGCACAUUGAAUGUCAAUGGCAAUCAGAAUAUUGCGAAAUUACGCAUGUCUGUUAGACAAAAUUCUAAGACAGGAAUUAAUGAUACCAUUCAUACAGGAACGAACGGACAUUCGCAGGCCACAGAUACGAGGAUUACUUCAGCAACAACUUUAAGUCGUGGUGAGGAUAUGCCUGCGGAAAAUGAUACUGCCAAUUUUGAUAUGGACUUCUUUCCUACAGAAACAGGAGAGCAAUUUCGCGGUCCUCGGAAGUCCGGCAAGGUUCAUGUAUUUGGCCAAGUUGAGAAUUAUAGAGGAAAUGAGGAAUACGAUGAGGGAAACGACAGAAACGAUGAGGGUCGUGAACGAGCUCUUAGAAUUGCUGCCAGUCUUCCAUUGCUUUCAAAGACAUAUACACCAUUAUCUUUUCCACUUCUCGAUAGUUUCCCUGGUAUCUUCAACCAUGAAGAUGAGAAUAUCAGGAAUCUCUCAAUCAGCACAUCUCUUUCGACUGAUACGUCUGUGGCCCUGCGGAUUAAAAGCCUUCAGCAAAUAGUAAAUAGAGCCAUUGGCAUGGAUGAACGAGAGGCGCUCAGCAAUUCUCUUGGCGAGAUCGCGGAAUCAUAUGAAGAAGGCUGGGAUAGUGACACCGACGAAGAUGAUGAUUAG